CUUUGGGUGGUUCCGCCCCCUGACCCAGGCAAGCGUUCAGUCUACACUGUCGGUCUGGGUUCCUGCUUCAGGUGGUAGAGGCACUGUGGAACACCAUGCAGUGCCUGGGGGGCCGGAGCCGGAGCCGGCGCCGGAGCCGGAGCCGCUCCAGGGAGCUUUACCUGCAGGAGCAGAGCCUGAAGGUGGCAGCGCUCAAUGGGAAGAGGCUGGGCCUGCAAGAUGACAAGGACCUACAGGCUCUACUUAAGGGGAGCCAGCUCCUGAAGGUGAAGUCCAGCUCAUGGCGAAGAGAACGUUUCUACAAGCUGCAGGAGGACUGCAAGACCAUCUGGCAAGAGUCUCGCAAGGUCAUGAGGUCCCCAGAGUCUCAGCUGUUCUCCAUUGAGGACAUCCAGGAGGUGCGCAUGGGGCACCACACAGAGGGCCUGGAGAAGUUUGCCCGGGAUGUACCCGAGGACCGGUGCUUCUCCAUCAUCUUCAAGGACCAGCGCAACACACUUGACCUCAUCGCCCCAUCUCCAGUCGACGCCCAGCACUGGGUGCUGGGUCUGCGCAAGAUUAUCCACCACUCAGGCUCCAUGAACCAGCAGCAGAAGCUGCAGCACUGGAUUCACUCCUGCUUGCGAAAAGCUGACAAAAACAAGGACAACAAGAUGAGCUUCAAGGAGCUGCAGAACUUCUUAAAGGAGCUCAACAUCCAAGUGGAUGACAGCUAUGCCCGGAAGAUCUUCAGGGAAUGUGACCACUCCCACACAGAUUCCCUGGAAGACGAGGAGAUUGAGGUCUUCUAUAAAAUGCUGACCCAGCGAGUGGAGAUCGACUCCGCCUUCGCAGAGGCUUCGGGCUCAGGGGAGACCCUGUCAGUGGAUCAGCUAGUGACAUUCUUGAAGCACCAACAGAGGGAGGAGGGGGCAGGGCCUGCACUGGCCUUGUCCCUCAUCGAGCGCUAUGAACCCAGUGAGACUGCCAAGGCGCAGCGCCAGAUGACCAAGGAUGGCUUCCUCAUGUACCUGCUGUCAGCUGACGGCAAUGCCUUCGAUCUGGUGCACCGGCGAGUCUAUCAGGACAUGAGCCAGCCGCUCAGUCACUACCUGGUGUCCUCCUCACACAACACCUAUCUGCUGGAAGACCAGCUCACUGGGCCCAGCAGCACUGAAGCCUACAUCCGGGCACUGUGCAAAGGCUGCCGCUGCUUGGAGCUUGACUGCUGGGAUGGGCCCAACCAGGAGCCCAUCAUCUACCAUGGCUACACUUUUACUUCCAAGAUCCUCUUCUGUGACGUGCUCAGGGCCAUUCGGGACUAUGCCUUCAAGGUGGGCAUGCUUCUGAUGGCGGGGAGGGGAUGCCAGGGAGCUAGCCCUCCUAACCUGCCCUUGGGCUUGCAGGCCUCCCCCUACCCAGUCAUCCUGUCCCUGGAGAACCAUUGCAGUCUGGAGCAGCAGCACGUGAUGGCACGACACUUGCGUGCCAUCCUGGGGCCCAUGCUGCUGGACCGGCCACUGGAUGGAGUUACCAGUAACCUGCCUUCCCCAGAGCAACUGAAGGGGAAGAUCCUGCUGAAGGGGAAGAAGUUUGGGGGUCUGCUGCCCCCUGAAGGGGAAAAUGGCCCUGAGGCCACUGUGUCAGAUGAAGAUGAGGCUGCUGAGAUGGAGGAUGAGGCCGUGAGGAGUCGGGUGCAGCACAAGCCCAAGGAGGACAAGCUCAGGCUGGUGCAGGAGCUCUCUGACUUGGUCAUUUACUGCAAGAGUGUCCAUUUUGGGGGCUUCUCCGAUGCUGGCCCCUCCAGGCAGGCUUUUUAUGAGAUGGUGUCCUUCUCUGAGAACCGUGCUCUCCGAAUGCUACAAGAGUCGGGAAACAGCUUUGUCCGCCACAAUGUGGGCCACCUGAGCAGGAUCUAUCCAGCUGGAUGGAGAACAGAUUCCUCCAACUAUAGCCCUGUGGAGAUGUGGAAUGGAGGCUGCCAGAUUGUGGCCCUCAACUUCCAGACACCCGGGCCAGAGAUGGAUGUGUACCAGGGCCGCUUCCAGGACAAUGGAGGCUGUGGAUAUGUGCUGAAGCCCGAUUUCCUGAGAGACCUCAACACUCCCUUUAAUGCACGUUCUCUGACUCCAGGACCCUGGUUGGCUCCAAAGAAGCUAAAUGUGAAGAUCAUCUCAGGGCAGCAGCUGCCAAAAGUCAAUAAGAGCAAGAACUCAAUAGUGGACCCCAAGGUGACAGUGGAAAUCCACGGGGUGAGCCAGGACAUGGCCAGUCGCCAGACUGCUGUAAUCACUAAUAACGGUUUCAACCCACGGUGGAACACAGAGUUUGAAUUUGAGGUGGUUGUGCCUGAGCUUGCCCUGGUCCGCUUUGUUGUGGAGGACUACGAUGCCUCCUCCAAGAAUGAUUUCAUUGGCCAGAGCACCAUCCCCUGGCACAGCCUCAAGCAGGGAUACCGCCACAUCCAUCUCUUAUCCAAGAAUGGAGACCAGCAUCCAUCUGCCACCCUCUUUGUGAAGAUCACACUGCAGGACUAAGGCUUGGGGUGUUCGGUGGGGUCUGCUGUGAGUGGACUAGGCCCUGUGUCCACACCUAGAGCCAGGGCAAGUGUGGCCACUCCAACAUCAGACACUGAGCCAGGGGCCCCGGAACUGCCUUUAGCUCUAACAUUGUCAAUGCUGCUGCCUCUGUAUGGUCCUGGGAGCUGGCACAGUACCUGCGACUGUCCUUAAUUCUAUUAAGAACAACACUGCAGCCCUUGGCACCCUUUGGCCAGCCUUAGGUGGAGACUUUUUUAAAGAAUCACAUUGAAAGUAA